UCUUGUAUCAAGCUCUGGUGCGCGCGGCCGAGAGAGAUUGACACUUGGGUGACGAGCAGCAGGUAGUUGUAGUUUACAGGUAGUUGUAGUUUUCAGUUGGCUGAUUUUGGACAAGAGACAUGGAUAAAAAUACACAAACCCCGACAAACAACGUUUUCAAUGGGCUUGAACUGGGAAAGCCCUUGAAACCUCUGUCUAUAUAUUCUAGGAUGAUCUUCAGUGAGCAAGAGGCCGGUCUCCAACAGAUCAAGUCCUCAAACCCUUUUAUAAAUUUUAAAAUUGAAGUGGUAAAUAUUUGUGCCAACAAAAGAAAAUUGGAGUUUUCAAGCUCUGAUGAUGGCUAUGAGACUCCAGCAAAAAAGGACUGCAGUCCACAGGAUUUGUCGCCGGACCUUGGGUGUUUCAUGGACUACUGCAGCCCUCCUGCAACAGAGGACUCAGUGUCACCUUUUUCCAUCUCUAGUCCCGAAUUGUUGGAUGAGACAAAAACUGUCAGGCGUGAAGUAAUAGAAAGUGCCGGUUCCCAGCUACACUUGGAGCAUGUGGCAUGUGGGUCCUCAGCAGAGCCAGGCGUUGAUAAGGGGUCCGUACCAGACCGUUUGGUGUGUCAGAAGGUCCUCUUAAACCUUGCACCUGCCUUUGACUGUGAUGUUGAAGACAUCUUGUGUCUCAAUCCCUAUGGCAAUGUAGAGAGCUGCCAAAGUCCAAGUAGAAACACAUUUCAAUACAAUGUGUCUCCUAUUGUGAGCGGGCCAGUGUUGGAGUCUCAUACCUCUCAUGUAGAGCCUUUAGAAGGUGAUGUUGAAGAGGCAUGGAACAUUGGUUCCCCCAUAUUUGAGUCAUCCAUUUCUCAAGCCGCACUUGCUGGAGAGGACGACACUUUAGACACUUCUUAUGAGACUACAUUACCCCUCCAAGUUAAGGUGAAAUCAGUUGUUGUGGCUCUCAGUCAGCAGACCUCCAGCGGUAAAACAGCAGCGCGUGUCCUCUGUCAGAGCAGACCGCUAGGCCCAACGUGCCGCGCCCAGAUGAGGACAGAGUCCCAGAGACUGCCAAAUGUGUUAGCAGUGCCAGGAUUCAAAGGUUAUGUCUCUUUCAGGCCGGCGAUCUUUGACAAGAAGGGGGACUGGGAGCGUGAGAAGCAGCUGUAUGUCCAGUCAGUCACCAGACACAUGAAAGAGCAUAAAGGAGAUAAUCAAGAUGUCAUGACUGAGCUGAUGACCUUGAUGACCCACGUGGCUGACCAGAAACCAGGCACUGAUGGAAGACGGUGGCAGCAUCCCUCUGAUCUCACACGCAGGAACUACCAGACACGGUUUGGAAACGACACUCCAAAAAUGACCCUCCAUGAAUGGCAUACCAAGAAUGGUCCAGAACACAAGCGCUUUGCCGAGGUCCCAAAAAUGUUUCACAGGAGUCAGUUUCCCUAAAUUGGGAUUUGACAGACUUGUAAUCCGAUUGCACUUAACCCUUUAUAAGAACUCCACAUGCUGGACUUGGUCCUAUAAAACCCAAUGUUACACCAGGUACAUAUUGGACCUCGUAUCAAUGUUUGCACUGUUCUUCUUUCUUAGUUGAAUCUUUGCUCUGUGUGUUUCUGGUUUGUCAGUUUUUUUCUUUCAACUAUGCAUGUCCCUGUAUAAGAAAAUGAAUGCAUGUUUUUGAUGUUGUGCAAAUUAUGCUUAGGAACAAGCACUCAAGGGUUUCAAGCAUGUUAAAUUCCUUGCAUUUUUUUUACUAUAUUUGAAACUAUGCAUGUUUUUAUAUGUAUUUAAGUAUGUUUUGUACCACUGUUUGAAAUGUUGUACAUUUAUUUCUUCGUUGUGAGUGCGAAUGUAUUCCCCAUUCAUGUAUGUGAUUAGAACCGUCCAGGCCCGCACUGAAACCUUUCUUAUCUGUUCCUGUUGAUUUCUUGCCUCUUGGACCCAAUAUAACCUCACAUCUGUUUCUGUAAAUAUUUCUGAAAAGCUAGCCGAAUUCAAAGUUAUACAAUUGAAAAAAAAAUUUGGCCAGGCAUAUUGGAUGACAUUAUAUGAAGUUUUACGGUUACGUAGUCCAUCCUUGUACAACUUGUUGUGUUAAGAUUGGAGGGGAACAAGUUGGUGUAAGGUAUAGAGAAGUGUAAAGAAGAGUCAUUUGCUGUGUACGUGUAUUAUGUAAAGCUGGAAAUGUUAAGUCCAGCCCUGCAUACAAACCUCUAGAGAGUCGUGUAAAUGAAUAUCCCUGCACUUACAACUCAAAAUCGAGGAAACUGACACAAAUAUUGGAUUGCUUCUUUUUAUGACAUGACAGUGAACACAACUUUGCAUUUAUAAUGUGAUUUAAUAUAUUCCAUGUAGGGGAAGGCUUAAAUUGUUUGUUUUUGUGCCUCACACGUUGGCAUGGUGUUAGCAGGAAAGUGAUUGUUUAUUAAGGUCAGUUCACCCUCUUUUUAUAAACAUUUUUCAACCAUACCCUAAAGUGUACUGGGGGAAAAAUGUGUCCCGGCUAAUCUGGAUAGUCCACAGACCUCUGGGCACUUAAAUACUUUUAUUAUACCUUUUUUGGAAUAUAUAAUGGUUUUGGAUGAAAACUGUUCCCCACAACACAAGGUCUGUGAAUUGUGACAAACCCAGAAACCCUGCCCUUUGAGCUCUUUCCAAAAAUGUAUGAGCACCACAAACAAAAUUCCUUUGUACCUCCUUUUUGUGAGGUCAGCAGAAGACUCGGUGGUUAUUUAAAAACCUGAGCAGGAACUAAACAUGACCACUAAAGGGUGCACUGUAAAAAUGUUUUUAGCUAUUUGUGUGAACUGACCUUUUUAAUUGCAGAGCGGCAGUGAUCACAGUGUACUCUCAGCUGCUUGGAGGAUUAUCUGCACUGAAGGUGUCUUUAAACCCUGUAAUAUUGUUAAAAAAAAAGAAGAAAACAUGUAAGUGCCAAAAGUGCUGAGUGGCUUAGACAUCGCUGCUGAUGAGGUAUUCUUCUCAUAAUAAAGCCUUGCAUGUUCAACACUACAGUUGUCAUCCCCUCAGUUUACUUUGCACAGGUACAGGCUGACAGAAGUGACCCAAAGGAACCCAAAUACAUGGAACUUAUCAGCACAGAUCCCAUCCGUUA